AGUUCGGAGAACGAUGAAGGAAGUGAUUCUUAGGAAUAUAGAAGAAGAGAAAGCUUCUGUCUUUAUUUUGCGAGAUGGAGGCUCCAAGCUCUGAGGAAAUACUUCAAUGUAUGAACUCUUCUCUCUCUCAGAUCAAAUGGCGUAUCAAGCCCUCUUCCAAACGCCGCCUCGAUAUAGAUGUGCUGGCACUAUGCACGGGGAUGAGACCCGUUGUGAUGAUUGACUAUGGUGGCAAGCUGCCUGAGCUACAAACUCGCUUGCUUUCCCUUCUUGAGCUUCUCCAAGAGGCUUUACCAGUUUUCAAAUCUCUGAGGGUUAUGGUCAUAGAGGAUAUGAUUUACCUGAUUAAUGUAAGAACACUGCCCAAGUGGUUGAGUUCAGAACCUGAAUUGUUCUUUGUCGAUCUGGAACAAGAUCCUCCACAGAUGGUAAAGCAAAGUAAAGAAAGCGAUCUAGGGAUGCAGUUUAGGUCGAUUCAGAAGCUCUUCUCCUCCACAUUUCCUUUACAUGGCAGCAAUAAUGAUACCACUACAGCACUUGAUGAAGCCAACUCUUCUUUAUUCAUUGAUCUUAGUUGUUGUUUACAAGACACUAAGGUUACAAUCCCAACACUUAACGGAUGGCUCUUGGACUAUCCGGUUGUGUAUUUAUUCGGCACAGAUCACAUAGAAGAUGCAAUCUACAACCUCUCUACCAAGUCUCUCCGCAUCUUCAAAGUUCUUGUACAAAGGAACUGUGCCACCGGAGAAGACUCUUAUUCAGAAGAGCUAACGAGUUUCUCAGUGCCAUAUGAUCUGAGUAUGGAAGGUAGCAAGGAAUUGUGGGCUGAAUCAUUUCUGGAGAGGAUGAGUUCUAGGUGGGAAGAAUGCAAACACAUUUGGAGAUCUUUGGACUUGCAAGUUUCUGAAUGUUAUCCUCAAGCAAUUGUUCUUUGAAGCUUUCAAAAAACUUGGUAACGAGUUUUUAUUCAUAAGGUAACAUAAUCAAACAGUUCUAUGAACCACACAGAACCAAAACACAAAGCAAACAAAAAAGAGAGUAAAAUGUGAAAUCUUAAAA